AUGUCCCAAAAUGUCCCCAAAGAAUGUCCCCAGGAAUGUCCCCAGGAAUGUCCCCGGGAAUGUCCCCAGGAAUGUCCCCGCUGUCCCUCAGAAGUCCCAGAUGUCGCCCAGCCCCCCCCGGGGGGUCCCCGGGCCCGUCCGGCCGUGGCCGAAGGCGCUGAGGCGGCGCCGCUCCGAGCGUCCGGCGCGGCCCUGCAGCUCCACCUGCACCCGCCGGCCACCGCGGCCACCCGCGGGGACACCGGGGCCACCAACAGGGCCACCAAAACCCUGGGCCUGGUGGUCACUGUGGCCACCAAACCCCUGGGCUUGGUGGUCACCAGAACUCUGAGCACGGUGGCCACCAGAACUUUGGGUCUGGUGGUCAGCGGGGCCACCAAAACUCUGGGCCUGGUGGCCACCAAAACUCUGAGUGUGGUGGUCACUGUGGUCACCAAAACCCUGACCCUGGUGGUCACUGUGGCCACCAGCUCCCCCCUGGGUGAAGUGACCACCGGCCGCUUGACCACCGGCCCUGCAGGCACAGCCGCCAUGGCCAGCGCAGCCUUGGCCACCAACCCCAUCCUGGUGGCCACCAACCCCAUCCUGGUGGCCACUACGCCUUUGGCCACCAUCCAAGUGACCGCUGACCACUUGGUCACCACCCCUACAGCCACAACCCCCAUCCUGGUGGCCACUGACUCCUUGACCACCACCUCCUUGGCCACCACCCCCAUCCUGGUGACCACCAACCCCUGGACCACCAUCCAAGUGACCACUGACACCUUGGUCACCACUCCUACAGCCACAACCCCCUUGGCCACCAUCCCAGUGACCACUGACCCCUUGACCAGCAUCCCAGUGACCACUGACCCCUUGACCAGCAUCCCAGUGACCACUGACCCCUUGACCAGCAUCCCAGUGACCACUGACCCCUUGACCACCACCCCAGUGGCCACCAAGCCCUUGACCACCACCUCCUUGGCCAUCACCUCCAUCCUGGUGACCACUGACCCCUUGACCACCAUCCCAGGACCACUGACCCCUUGA